AUGGAUCAGCCGGGAUAUGUGAGGAGUACUGCUUCUGCCCAAGGUGCCAAAGAGGGACCCAGCAAGCCCGCUGCUCCCCAGAAGAACGCUUACGCGAGGCUUGUGCAAAAGCACCACAGUGGCCGAUUCCGGUCCUAUUUGAAUCACAUUGCACAGAAGAUGCAGCUGGAAGACAGCAGCUCCAAUGACCCCAGCUCAGAUCUGGAGCCACCUCCGAGGAGAGGCCUGGGGAAGGAUAAUCCACCCAGGAACGGGCUGCACAGCUGUUCGCCAGUGAGGUCGUAUCACCUGGAACAGGCCGUGCCUGGAGCAUUUGAGAAAGAUAAACCCCAAACUGUUCUGAGCAGAGGUCCUCAGAAAAAAAAUGCCAUUGUUAGUUCAGAAGGAGACUUGGAGGUGGAGGAGGAUUAUUAUGUACCUCAGCGUGGAGCUGCAGCUGACCCGUUAAAUACGGGCGAUGCCCUGGGUGGGAGAGUAUCGAACAGCCUGAGAUACCGUGCAGCUCUGCAGAAGUCUUCUGGUUCUGAUGAAAAGGACGAGGAGGACACGUGGAGAAAGAAACAUAAGAAACGAGGCAGGUGUCCUGCCGACACAGAGGCAGGAGCUGGACACUUGUCGACUGAGCAGUUUAGCGAGGAUGUGCUGGCAGUGAAUGCCAGGAAAAACACUCGCUUGUCUCCAGGUCAAGUCCAAGGUGCAGAAAAGAGAGCGCUUGCAAGGACCAGAAACAACUCUGAAUCUGCAAGAACUCCCCAGAACUUCGAUAGGAAGAGGCAACUCUCAGAAUCGCAGGCAGAAACAAUGAACAAUUCAGACAGCAGAAUAAAUCCCAGACAACUGGGAACUCCCAGAGGAGGAUCCUAUGUUGCUGUCCCAACAUCAGGUGAUAGAAAGAAUCUAAAUAAACCCACUCGAGGGAGGAAGAAGAGUGUAUUUGAAGCCUACAUGUCAAUUUUUCUGAAAAGGGGAGAGCUAAUUCAGGGACCCUUGAGAAUAAAUCCUAAGAAGUACCACGAAGCCUUCAUUCCAUCUCCAGAUGGGACUCGCGAUAUCUUUAUUGAUGGAGUGGUUGCUCGCAACAGAGCCCUGAAUGGUGACAUCGUGGUGGUGAAACUGCUUCCCAAGGAGCAAUGGAAGGUAAUAAAGCCAGAUGGCAGUGACAAAGAAACAGAAGCCACGCAUGAAUCGGAUGUCCCCGAGGAUAUGCUGGGGACUUGUGUUCCUCAGGAGACGGCGAGAGGCGAUGCUAAAAGUCCGGAUGUCAUUAUAGAAGCGCAGUUUGAUGAUAACGAUGCAGAGCAUGGACAAGACCACUUGCAGGAUACGUUGACUGAAGACAUUAAGAAACUUUCCCUGGAUACUGGUGAAAAGGUGAAGGCUGCUGGGAUUGAUGGUGCGCACAGACCAAAGCGAGAUGAUGGACAUAAGGUGGAUGACCCCAGGCUCCUCCCAGAUAACUUUCUCCAAAGGACAGCCAAGGUGGUCUAUAUUUUGGAAAAGAAGCAUUCCCGAGCAGCUACAGGCUUCAUCAAGCUUCUGGCAGACAAGAACAGUGACCUUUUCAAGAGGUGUGCCAUGUUCUCACCUGUGGACCACAGAGUGCCCAGGGUCUACGUGUCCUUGGCCGAUUGCCCUCCAGACUUUGUGACCAGGCCUGAAUGCUAUUCAAACACGCUCUUCAUCUGUCGCAUAGUGGACUGGAAAGAAGACAGCAACUUUGCAACAGGGCAGUUGGCCAAAAGCCUUGGGCAGGCUGGGGAGAUUGAGCCGGAAACAGAAGGGAUCCUGACGGAGUACGGCGUGGAUUUCUCCAACUUUUCCUCCGAAGCCCUGGAAUGUCUUCCCCAGAGCCUGCCCUGGGUUAUCUCACCAGGAGAACUGACCAAAAGAAGAGAUUUAAGCCGGACUCCAGAUGUUACUUUGGACCUAAUCCUGCGCUGCAGCCUGCAGACUCCUAACUGCUUCAGCUUUACUGGAUUUCUGCUGCCAUACAACGGAAUAAUUCAGGGGAGAAUCAUGCUCCUGAGUGAAUAG